AUGUCACCACCUGCUUGGGGUUGUCGAUCCCGGUAUAAUCAACCGCUGGACACCUCAACUACCCCUAUUCACACUGCAUCGAGCCAGAAUGAAGAUAGCAAUCACAGGAGCCCGCGGAAGCGUAGGACGCGUCGCCGUCAAGGUGUGCGCGGACGCAGGACACACCACUGUGCAAGUGAACCGAACCGAGCAGCCCCGACUGGCGACACCCCCAAUACCGAGAUGCGCACGGCGGACGUGGCCAUGAACUACCAGCAAACCGUCGAGGCCUUCCGCGGCUGCGACGCAGUCAUCCACUUGGCCGCGAUCCCCAACCCGGUCAGCAAGGACGACUACGUCGUGCACAACAACAACGUCGACUCGGCGUUCAACGGCCUCCGCGCCGCCGCAGAGGUAGGGAUCAAGCGGUUCUGCUACGCCUCGUCGGUCAACGCUAUUGGUCUUGCCUUUUCCAACCAACCACGAAGAAGCCCCCGGCAUCCCACAGACUCAUAUGCCCUGGCGAAACGGGAAGCGGAGAUCCAGGCUCAAGCUUUCGCGGAGUGGUUCCCCGGGAUGAAGGUCGCGUGUCUGCGGAUCCACGAGGUGUCGUCGUUGGAACGGGUACAAAAGGUCCACGAGAAUGACUGGGAGAAUGCCGGGGUGAAGCAGCUCUGGGGGUGGGUGAAUCCCGUGGCGACCGCGCGGGCGUGCUUGCUGGCCGUGGAGAAAUGUGAUAAUUGGGAGGGGUGCGAGAUUUUCAAUAUCGUUGCGCCGACGACUACGCAGGAUAUACCGUCCGAAAAGCUGGCGCGAAAGUACUUUCCCGACGCGGAGAUUCGCGCUGACAUGUCGGGUAAUCAGGGGUUCUGGACAACGGAUAAGGCGAAGCGAUUGAUGGGAUGGGAGCAUUGUGAGACGGAAUAG